AUGGACUCUUUUGUACCCGGUGUGACGCCUGUAUGGGUGAAAACAUGGGGCUGCUCCCACAAUGCUAGUGAUAGUGAGUAUAUGGCAGGAAUACUAGCUAAGGCAGGAUAUCCGAUCGUGAGGAAGUCAUCUGAUGCAAAGAUCUGGGUUUUAAACAGUUGCACUGUUAAAACGCCAUCAGAAACGCAAGCUAGUAACCUUCUAGAAGAGGGGAAGAAACAGGGCAAAUUUGUCGUCAUGGCAGGCUGUGUAUCUCAGGUG